AUGCCUGUCGACGCCCCCGUUACAGCCUCCCACGCUAUGACCACUUCGAGCGCUCAGACUGUCAAGAGUGCCGUUGACAAAAGCAAGGGCAAAGCUACUGAGCUCUCCAUCGCUGAGUAUCAGUCCAUCAUUGAGUCGCUCAAUCGGUCCGCGACUUCCGUGUUCGCCGUGGAGUUCUCCCAGGGCCUACAAGCCCUGCCUGUCGAUGGCCAUGUCCUCGAUCUCAUCAUCACCCAGGAGACUGAAGAUGCGGCUCAAGACGAAACCCUCGACCUCAGCAGCAAAGAGCAGCCUCCUCUUGUUGGUGUUGUUCUCCGCGAUGAACUUCUCGACGGUGAGGAUAACUGUAAAUGUUCGAGACUCGCUUCAACCAGUGCUCACAGGAGCUUGCCGGCGUCCAAAUCUGAUGCUGUUGUAUCCGUUCCUACUAUUGCUGAUGGCACUCCUCAGCAUGGCCUUAGCGGGGACGUCUCUAGCGGCUCUUACUUUGCUCAUGGUGGUGCUGCAGCUCAGCCUCUCCAGAUCCUUGAGAAAAUUUACGCUUGGCCUGCCCCCGCCAAUGCCCAGGAGGACGUCACGCUUGAGCAAAAGGACACAAUUAUCAAGCAGCUGAGGUUCCUCAAGUCAGCAAAGCUACCCCCGUCUGGGAAGUCGGAGCAAUGCAGUAUCACGACGCCCGAGAUUGUUUGGAUGUGGAUGUACGAGCAUUGA